AUGAUUUCCCGACAGAUAAGGAGACAUACUCUACGGCUUCGAUUGGAGUUUUGCAUAAGAACCACUAAUAAAACUGGACUUGAGUGUGAUGCCCCUGCUGUCUCCAUGGUGCGUUCUUUUCGAAUUUGGAAUUUCUCAGAGAAGAGAGCAUGUGAUACUAAACAAGAUUUGGCUUUGUAUCGCAAUUCAGUCAUACCCCAAAACUCUCUGUCUGCUCAAGAGAAAGCUCAACUAACACAGUUCAUGGUUAUUAUGGAUUUGCGAACAGAUGACAAUAUUCACAGAGUAGCAAAUAAACAACAAAUAUUGGACGAGCUAUUCCAUUUGAUGUUGACAAGCUCUCAAUACUCAAAAAAAUAUGCAAAUUUAAUAAGGAACUACAGUGCCUCUAUUGCUAGAAUAUUCUACCGCAAUGCGGAGUAUGAGAAAUGCUAUGAAUGUCUAAGGCUGAGCAGGAAUAGUGAUAUAAGUCCGGCCAUAUACGCAGGCACCCUUUUAAUGCUUGGAAAAGAACUGGAGUUUGAGUCUUUUAUUUGUGGAAGGAGUAUUCUUACCCAAUGUUCUAUUCACCAAGUUGAUCAACUAAUUAGAACGGUGGUUCAAUUUUACUCUAAUAACAAACUCGACUGGGAAAAAUCUCUCAGAUAUUGGGCGUUGAUAUGCUAUCGCAUUUAUGGACACCUUGAAUUACUUGACAACCAAGUUUACAGGCAAAACUUAGUUGCUCUUGGCACAAUAUUAGAUGGAUACUUCUUGAGUUGCAGGGUCACAGCAAAUGCACAAAAAAGAACCAAAUACAUCAAGUUAGACGAAGGUAAGUUUUCCAAUUUAAUUGGUGAUCUUGAUACAGUUACUUUUGCUCAACUAUUGACGACAAUAAUGAAGCACUGCGUUUAUCAUGGUGAUAGACCCAAAAGACUGGAGUUUGUCUUGAAACUUUGGCGAUUUAAGAAGGAGAGAAAGCUUCCUUUGGUUUCACAAGAUUUAACUUCUUCUAUGAGAGCACUAGUUGAGUUUAACCAAUUUGAAGAUGCAUUUCGAUUGCAUGAAUUACAUCCAGAACUACACGAUGAUAGUCAAUUUGACAGUCUUCUAAGGUGUCAUGGCUCUUUGAACGAAUGGAAUAAAAUGCAAAAGCAGUUUGAGGAUCUUUUUGGUAAAGGAGAACUACCUAGCAUUUACCAUUAUGGGAUUGUGAUGAAUGCCCUUGGGAAUCGUGGAGAAAUCAAAGCUGUUGAGAUGCUGUAUGAACAACUGUUAACCAGAGGCAUGAUUCCAAAUGCUCAUAUUUUAGCAGCAUUGAUGAAAUGUCAAAUCACUUAUGGUGAUUUUGAGGGGGCGAUCCAAACUUUUAACGACAAGUUUAGCCAGUUCAAUAUUCGCAAAAACGGCUACAUUUAUUGGCUUAUCUUCCAAGCUUACAAAGGUCUCGGUAAUAUACAUGAACCCUUUGAAAUUGUUAAACAGCUUGUUAAAUCAGAUCGUAUCCAAACCCUCUCUCAUAAAGACUUACUUCCCCUGAUGGGAAUAUGCAGAAGGCUUGGGGAUCACUUAAAUGCUUCCUUUUUGUACUUCCGAUUCUUUCCCUCAAUUGGAAUACAGCCGAACCUUAAGAUGACCUUAGAAUUUAUUGAAACAUGUCUCAAAGCACGAAAAUUGGGUUUAGCUGAUUUUCUUAUCAAGAAAAUUUUGAAGAGCUUUCACAACAGCGAUCGUUUUUCAACCAACUUUCAUAAUAGCAUUAUAAACUUUCAUUUGACCUCUAAAAACUAUCAGAAGGCAAUCCGCCAUUUUAACGAGAACAUGAUUCAAAACCCAAAAAUCAAACCUAAUGGUAGAACUUUUGGCCUUCUUAUAGAAAUCCUAAUACUAGCAAAGCGAUUCAAACAAGUAUGCAAACUAUUUGUCACUAUGCAAAAGUGGGUAGUCCCAUCCGAAUAUCACUAUGCUACCGCUAUGAGGACCGCUUUGAAACUUGGUAACGGGAAACUGGCUUUGAAGUACUACAAUCAGAUGCUUUUUAAGAAAGUUUCUCCUGGUCUUUCGUCGUAUGUUUAUCUUAUCCGUGCGCUUAUAAGUAACGUUCCGGUUAACAAGGAUGAAGUCCUCAACAGCAAAACACAAUCAGUCAUAACAAGUAUACUAGAUGAUCUUAUUGAGCAAAAGAAGAAAGAGACUCUGUCUCAGCCUAUUAAAUAUCUUCCUUUGCAGUUGGUGGUACCUUUUAUUAAAAACAUUUCCAGUUAUUUAUUCUUAGAAGCUCUACUUGCAAUCUAUGCAGAAGAAGCCAAUUGGCAAAUUUUUGAGCUAAUUUUCGAUCUGUAUGUCAAAAGUUUGGCGACACAGUUAAACCGCCCCGUUGAAAAAGAUUCGGACUUUUCAGAUUCGAAUGUUCGUGCAGCUUAUCUUGUGGCAAAUAGGUUGUCUACUGUGUGGGCCGUUAAGCUGAGGCAUAUGAUACAGGUUAAGAACUACAAAUCUAUCAUUCCUCUCUUACGUCAUUUAGAAUCAAUCGGCUUCAAGCUUUCGAACUAUGCCAUGAAUGAAACAGCUAGAUCGCUUUUGAUACAUCACACCACUUUGGAAGAUGCCUUAGAGUUUAUUGAAGGUCGUUUGAUCAAAGGUUAUCUUUUUCUGAAAUCUAAGAGAAAAUUGGUAAGAGAAAAACAAUCCGAGUUGGACAGGUCAGCUCUCCAAACUAUGUUGCGCCUCAGGCCGCAUACUUCCUAUUACUUGAGCGGAGCAACAUACUUUCAGACACUGCGUGCGAUAGAGAAAUUUAUAUCUCAGCGCGUUGAAGGUAAGGAGCGUGCUCAAGUUCUCAUGAGGUUUAAACAUUUAUAUCCCAUGACUAUGGCCCGAUAUGAUGAUAAUAUAUCGCAACUUGACGAAUGGGAACGGAUAACGCAGGAGAACAGGUCGCUUGAUUUCAAAAUCAAAAAGAAAAACCCUGCAGUUAGACCAGAACGAUUGGUACCACAUGUGUUGCAGACAAAGAAGAAUACUGCAAACGAUGAUGGGGAGCCUGUAUCACCUGUACAUAUAGAAGCUAGACACAAUUAA